AUGUCUACACAACAAAUCCAGCUACAGGACCUCCCGAUAGACCACCUUUCUACCCCCAGGUUAGAAGAAGAUGGCAGUAGACCACCAGAACCUCUCCCAACCCAGACUUCGCCGUCCGUUCAGCCGGCUGACCGCAGCAAGGCCGCCUACCUUGUAUUAUCCGGCUGCGUGCUGAUCCAGGCGCCUAUAUGGGGAUAUUCGCUCGCCUUCGGUAUCUUCCAAGAGUACUACACCACCCACGGGACUGCCGUGCUCCCCGACGGUCCCGGAACCCCCGGCACAAUUGCCAGUAUUGGCAAUGCCCAGACGGGAAUAUUGUACCUGAUGAUGCCAGCCACUUUCAUACUUCUAACACGGUACCCGUAUCUACGGCGUUGGUGCGGACCCCUCGGACUUCUCAUCACUACCGCUUGCCUUAUCGCGUCAUCUUUCGCAACCUCGGCGCGUCAACUAAUCGCCAUCCAGGGGGUCUUGCAUGCCAUUGGAUGCGGCCUGCUGUUCAGCCCUACGUCGCUGUGUCUCGACGAGUGGUUCUCGGAGCGUAAGGGGCUUGCGUACGGCGCCAUGUGGGCGAGCAAGAGCACCGUCGGGGCUGGUAUGCCGUUUCUAACAGACGCAUUGCUUAAUCGGUUCGGCGUCGGUACUACCCUGCGUGCCUAUGCUAUCUCUUCAGCUCUCCUCACGAUCCCGCCGUUAUUCCUCAUGCGUGAAUACCCUACCACCACUACAUCAGAAGAGUACGAGCGACAAGGACGCCAAAGACAAGGUCAUGUCUCCUUUGCUUUUGCCCGACAUUCUAUCUUCUGGAUCCUGCAGUGCGGCAACAUUCUACAGUCGCUUGGCUACCUCAUGCCCUCUACAUACCUUGCCUCGUAUGCAUACGCGCUGGGCUUUCCCUCCAUAACAGGCCCCAUCUUCCUUGCACUAAUCUCUUUAGCCUCCGUACCGGGUUCGCUCUUAAUCGGGCUUCUGAACGAUACCGGACUUGCACCCACGACCGUGAUCCUGAUCUCGUCCCUAGGUAGCGCACUGGCCGUCUUCCUCCUCUGGGGUUUGGGUGGGCACCAAGUUGCGGUCUUAGUUGUCUUCACCAUCAUGUACGGUUUCUUCGCCGGCGGUUUUAGUUCCACUUGGUCCGGUAUCCUGCAAGAGAUGAAGCGCCGCGACGGCGCUAUUGACACGGGUUUGAUUUUCGGGAUGCUGCUUGGCGGCCGCGGUCUCGGCUUCGUGCUCAGUGGACCCAUAGGGGGAGCUUUGCUUGAGGCAAACAGGUUGAAGACGGAGGAUUUCUCGGGGUACGCUACGCAGUAUGGUCCUAUGAUCAUCUAUACUGGGCUAACCGCAACCCUCGGUGCUUGGGGUUGGUUCUGGACAAUAGGGAAACGAGCGAUGAGAGCCCUAUAA